GUACAAACAAUUUUCAGCAAGUGCACAUAUUCACUGUAAAGCAUAGUUAUCAAAUACAUAUGUAGUAAUACGUAAAACAAACUCUUUCACUGAACCGUGAUCAAAAUUUUAAGUGGCUUCAGUAUUCCUCGGUUUUUCGUGGAUCUAAUAUGUAAAGUAACACGCGAAAUGACUAAAUGGAAUAGAAGCGAGACCAAUCUGAAAAGUAGUGGUAUGAAUCGUACAACCAAAAUGGGCAAAGUUAUUUCACGCAAUUGACAACGUACAACUCAAUGAGUGCGCACUUGCGACGCGUUUUAUUAGCAAAAUGUGUCAUCGACUCGAGGAACAAAAACUUUACAAGCAGAAGAAAACCAUUUUGUAAGCAAGUUGAAUGCAAGCCGCGAUUUACGAAGAGAAUAAUCACGGAUGAACUGAUCGAUCGAUUAGCAUACGACACUUUGCAUCAUCCAGCGGAUGUUGUGCAAAUGCAUUAUAACUCAAGAUACUUGUGCCACGACGAGGACCAAAGAUCGUCAGCAUUCAAAUCGAACAAGUUUGAGACGAUUAAAGGCAACGAUAAAUGUAUAGAUGAACGAACGACGCGGGCUAUUUUGAAGGAUCAAAAUGGGUCGCAAUGCAAAUAUACCGAUGAUUCGAUAUUUUACGAAAGAUUUUCCGAUAUUCAAAUGACAAAAAAUAAUCGUGUUCCGACAAGGACUAAUUCAAGGAAAUGUAAUGAGGAUUGCGGUGCACCGGCUCUCGUACCCUGCGAUUCUACCGCAAACCAGCAAAAUUCCGGAGAGGAGGAUGCGAAAUAUGUGAAUUUCGUGUACGAAAUUACACGUGAAAUAUUGCAUACGCAUUGUUAUACCGAUGAUCAACUGCGCGAGGUAUUUAAGAGGCACAUAGAGAGGAACAAAGGACUUUUAAACAUGAAUAAAAUGAUGUAUGAAAUCUAUCAACUGAAAAUCGCAUUAAAUGUCGCAGACGCUUGGGAUGAUAAUGACUUUAUUCAACCUCGACCACCGACGCCGCCUAAAGUUUUAGACGAUAAUAAAGUCAUGGGAAAGUUAAUGUCGUUUCAGCAAGGCAGAAGUGAUGAAACGCGUGAAUCGACAGUCAGCAAUAAGUCAGUACUAUUGGUAGAUGCAAAUCCAGAAUUAGUGCUAACCGAAAGAGAUGUAAUUAUGUCGUUGAUGGAAGCCGAUAUCCAUCCGGAUGAUGCUCAGAAAAUUUACAGAAGGCUAUUUACUAAAAGCAAAGAUGUAAACCCCGCAUGCACGAAUUUUGUAUGCCCAAAGACGGAUGAAACGUGCGAUUGCGAUCCAGCUAGCGUGAACAAUUGGUUUGAUCCUAAUUUAAUGAAAGUAAGCGAACAAGAAAAAGGUUCAACAACGCAAGAUCUCAUAACACAAGAAGACAAAGACGUACAAGUUUCAAGUAUUAGUUUCACGAGACAAAAUUAUAGAGAAAAUUGAAGAUUCUAAAAAAGUGCCAGAAAAAUA